AUGGCGCCACCUUCCGCUACGACCAGCACCAGUACCACCCCGAUCGCUUCAGCAAGUACCACCGCCACCACAUCGUCCACCUCAGCGAAUGACACUCCUGUCAUAUCGCCGGCUCCCUCUCCGAUACCACCUCCAGUCCCCGUUGAGACCCAUCCCAAUCGAGGGAAACCUCAAGCAACCCGCCUUGCCCCAGAGGACGCCUUCAAGCCCUUCUCCCCGCCGAGACUGCGCCCUGUGCUUGAAAUCAAUGGCUCUGCCGCUGCAUCGUUAGCCGCGGCGGCUCUCAGGCCUGCCGUUGCGUCUCUGAGGGCACCUCCCGCCAUUCCACCAGUUGCGGCGCGUCUGGCAGAGGAAAAGAGGAGGGCCGCCAGCAGAAGAAGAAAGCAGCCCCAUGUUUGGAAAAAGCUGCUCUGGAUCAAACAGCAUGGCUUUCCGGACAACUAUACCGAUACCGAAACAUUUCUUGAUCAUCUGCAGAGGAAUCCCCGGCUGAGACCAUACGAUUUCUGGCCCUUGGUCGCCGACUCCGCGGUGAUAGUUCAACACGUGUGUUCCGUCGCAAUCUAUAUUUGUGCCUAUGCGGGUAUCUAUCAGGGCCGCUUGUCGCCCGUCGCCGUGGUCACUUGUGGGACGAUUGCAACCCUCGUGAGCUGGAUACUAUGGGACCAUUGGAUAGGACAGGAAGAGGCAGAAGAGAUGGCCACGUUGCUGAAGGUCAAUCGACGAUCUCUUGACCUCGACGAUGAAUCCAGCACCAGUUCAGCCGAAUCCGUCAAACCCGUCGUGAGUGGAACAGCCCAAGCCAACGGCCACACCAACACCAACACCAACGGUCAUGUAAACAAUAGUCUUACUGGGCGCGGAAUGGGUCUUCGCUUGUCCACCACCAACCUCAGUGUCAAGGACCACGAAUCGAAGACUGCCAUGAAGCACACGCAGUCAUUGUCCAAAUCAUCCUUUCAAUCUAUCUCGCCAAUCGACACCCUGGGCGAAAUGUCUCCCGAACCUUUCCAACAUCUCCAUCCCACAACUUCCCGGCCGCGGCAGCCUCAGUCACCCAAGAGCGUUGUGUCAUCGACCGCAGUAACGCCUGGCUCACAAGCACGCCGCAAAACUUUUCGGUCAGCUUGUCUUAUUUACUUCGUCUUGUUGGGACUGUCGCCUAUUCUGAAGUCACUCACCAAGUCAACAUCAUCUGACUCUAUCUGGGCGCUGGCUACCUGGCUGCUGAUAAUCAACAUUUUCUUCUUCGAUUAUGGAAGCAUCUACAUCCCCACCAAGACUCAGGUCGAGCCUCUUUCUCCGGGAGCAGCCGGGCAUAGAACGAUAGAACCCGUACUUGCGCAGUUCAACCAUUCGGUUCGCGCUCCUCCGUUCCCGUCUUCGCUAUCGACCAAUGCUGCCUUGAUGGCCAGUACUGUUCUGGCAUCCAGACUGCGGACUUCCACAGCCGUUUUCAGUCUCACGUUGUUUUCUAUCCAGGUGUUUGGACUGUUUCCAGUCUUCCGACGACAUCUCCGACAUAAAUCUUUCAACGUGCACCUCCUGCUGACCUUGGGCUUGGUGGGCAUGUCUACCUGCGGCCUCGGUCUCAUCUUAUCACAAUCAUACACACAUACAUAUGGAAAUUGUGGCUUCUGCCUGGGGUGGAUAUGGCAUGUGAUUCUCCGAAGUACCAUAGGACUCCUCAUCGGCGGGUUUAUCACGGCGUUUGUCAUGGGAGGCUGUUCAUGGUGGUUGAUAGGAUUGCAACGAUAUAAGAAUGUGGUCAUUGGGCCGUGGGAUCCAGCCAAGCCUGUUCUUGCUGGUGGUGUCUAUGGACGAAGUAGGACAGGCACAGAUUGA